AUGUCAAAGAGUUUGUCCCAGAACAUGCCCUCCUUUGUCACGUCCGUUUCUGAAAACACGUCUCCUAUCAAUAAUGUUGUCGUUGAUGAUUCGACUUUAACAAACGUAGCUUCAACAAAUGAGGUCAAGAAGAUUGUACUGUUGAAACGAAAUCCAAACAUUAACAACAAUACGAUUAAUAAUAACAACAAUUUGAAUAGUAGUCCUACGAAUAAUGCAGGAUCUAGUAAUGUUGUUCAAUCGUAUGAAUUAUUAUUACCGACCCCCAAUAGGUCUGACACAUCAUCGCCAAGCCUUGAAAGUGAACUGACACCAGAGCAAGCUGCGCAUCUUGGUGAAAUCGAUUUUAAUACGGGUCUUGAUGGAUUCUUAUUGGCUGCUCUUAAAAAUCCAAAAGAUAGACUAUUUCUCUUAAAAUUAGAUCGAGAAAUGGAACGAUUUAUAAAAGAAAAAAAUCGCACGCGAUUAGAAUUUCCACCUAUGAAUUCCUAUCAAAGACUUAUUGUUCAUCGUGUCGCACAAUACUUUAAAUUAUCACAUGUGGUUGAUACAAGCGGAAAGGCUGUGGUUUUGUACAAGUCCGCAGAAACUCAAAUACCUAUUCUCAGAUUUUCUGAUCUUCUUGAACAAGAGGAAGAGAAACCUGAGAAAUCUGUGAAAAUUAUGAGACGGCAGCAAUCGCACCCUCAAGGACAACUUAGGUCCGGAGAUUCAGAUAGUAAUUCUGAAGGUGAACGUAAACUUUUGACAAUCGAGGAGCGAGAAGCUGCAUAUCAAAAAGCUAGGGCCAGAAUAUUUAAAGAUUUGGAACAAAAAAAUGGGGAGAAUGAGCAGGAAGACACUGAUGGGUCUAUUAACUCGAGUCCUAGUGUGAAAAGUUCCAAUAUUCCAACUAGUAAUGAUAAUCAGAAUAGUGACUCAUCAUCCUCUAACAAGUCUAAAGGAAAUCAGCAACAACAAAGUGGCAAAGGUGGGAACAAUAAGAAUGGCAAACAAUCUCAGCAGGCAAAUAAGUCUGCUGGAAAUAACAAAAACUCUAAUAAUAAAAAUAAUGGAAAUAAUGCAAAGAAUCGACAUCAUCCUACAAGAGUACAAACUUUUCCUCCAGUGGAUCGUACGUUCUUUGUGAAGCAAGGUCGUCCGAUUCCAAAUUUCCCACCACAAAUGAUGCCUUCCGGACAUUUUUGCCCUCCCUUUUUUGGAACACAUAUGAAUAUGUAUGAUGUUAAUAUGUUACCUAUGCAACCACCAAUUUUGCCACCUGAUAUGCAGCCACAUUUGCCAAAUCCCUACAUGAACAUUCCUACUGAGUGGAAUCCUACACUUGGUCAUUACGGGCGACCAGGGAUUAGAAAUGUAUGGGGGACUGAUUCGUUUAACGGUCCUCAAGAAAUGAGCGGAAGUCCUUCUUUGUUCAAUCAUCAACAGAGUAAUCCAAAUCCGUUUUUACCUUCUCGAACAGCGCCACAGAAUGAUACAAAUUUUGUUCAGAAUCAGACGCAAAAUAAUUUAAAACAUAUGAACCAAUACCCUCAGAACCCUUACGCGCAUCCUCCAUACACAGAAGGUAAUCACGUGAUGGCUCCUCCCGUAACAUCAGGUGAUGGUAAUUCAAAUAAGUCGUCGGUUCGUGAAGGCAACGAAGGAAUAAAUGAAAAUAAAAUGAAUGACCGUCAAUUGGAACAAAAAAGACCGAACAAUAGAAACUCGCUUAAUCCUCAAUCUCAACAACGUGACGGUCCGUUCUUUAAUCCUGCUUGGAAUAAUUCUUCCGACUCCCAGACAAAUGUUUUUAAUCAAUCGCAAACAUCGAAUGAAUUUCCCGUUCAGAAUGCACCCGGAAUGCCAAUGAUGCCAUCCCACAUGUAUCCAGGGAUGAUGCCCCCCCCCUCCAAUGACUGGACAACCCGUAUGGGUAUUGCACCACCACCACCUAUCAUGGGAUUCCCACCUCAGCCAACACAGUCAAAUAUGACGACUACAGGUGCAAUAAGACCUCCAAAGUCAUCCGAACUAUUUGAUCCAAACAAUUCAAACAACCCUCCCACCUCAACUGCUUUGAACACAGCCCCUUAUAAUAAAGUUCCCAUUACUUCUUUACCGGCUAACAACGCUCUUCAAAUAUUAUCAAUUCCACCUACGAAUAAUAUAUUAUCAUUACCUUCAAGACCUACUCAACCAGUUUUAUCAUCUAAGAACAAGGAAGGUUCACUUCUAUUUGAUUAUUCUAUGCAAGUGCCAUAUGAGGGGGUAAAACCGAGUGAAGCCAAUGAACCACAAAAACCAAAUCAUAUACUUGAACUUUAUGAUUUUGUUGAAUCAGAUGAUCUUAUGAAUAUUGCUUUAACUAAUGCUACCAUCAAGCGUGUAAGCCCUCCGAACACUUCACCAAGUAAACGGCCGACUAUUCUUGCAAUAUUUAAGACUGCGCGUGAAGCGAACAAAGCAGUUCAAACUUUCAGGGGAGUUCGAUUUAAAAUUAAAACCUGGGAACCAUUAGUGAAAACAAACGUUAUAAAUAACGGGGUUGUAAUUUAA